AUGGCGCAUCCUAACGUGUCCUUUUUUCACGCGCAUAGGUCCUUCAACCAAGAUGGAGGACCUCCUCUUACUCAUGCUGCAUGCACACAUCGUCCCAAAUGGCGGAACCUCACACUAGGAAUCUCACGCACAUGGCCCCUACGUCUCAAACGGCGGACCUCUUCUUACUUUUCAGAAGAUGUUAAUGUCGGAGUCAUAUUUCAAAACACAAACGUACAGCAACUCAAAAUACACCCCAAAUCCAAUUACACGCGUCUAAAAGAAAGACUCGAAAACAGGCUCCAACAACAAAUAUCUGAUAUUUAUUAUCGAUAUCCAUAUUUUAAUGACGGCGUUAAUAGUGUGACUUAUACAACAACGAAAAUAGAAGACGACAAUGACGUUGGGUUAAUGUUCCAGUGUCAUUCGACGUAUAAUUUGUCAGGUGUGAUUGAAUUAUACGUAUCCUUAGUAGACCAUAAUGAGGGUGCUCAAGUAACGUAUCCGACGCAAAUCUCUCAAUCUCAUCAAUAUCAAAUGAGUCAAGAGACUAUAUUGUCGUUGACAUCAGUUCCAGAUGAGGAUGUCGGGGAUGAUAGUGACUAUGAAGAAGCGCGAUACGUAGAUACACAAAAUCUUUUUAGUGGAGAAAGUGACAACUCUGACAACAAUAUCCCUGCGAUGCAUCAAGAUCAAGUGCAGGAUCUGCACAAUCCACCACUACACAUGAGAAAUCCCACAUACUCACAUGACGAAGAUGCAUCAAUUUUUGAAACCACAGAGCCACUUCGGAUAGAGGGGAGGGGGUUGCUUGGCAUGGAAUUUAAUAGCAAAGAGGGAUGUGUAUUCGCCAUUCGCCAAUUUCAUAUCAGAAACUGUCUUGAUUAUUCGGUUUAUAAGUCUAAUUCUAAACGACUCAUAAUCAAGUGUGUUAACGAAGAAUGCGCCUUCAAAUGCAGAGCAAAUGUGGGGAAGGGGAGUGGUACGUGGGUGAUCACUAAGGUUAGCGGUCCGCACACAUGCAUGUCUUCCACAAUGUCUCAAGAUCAUAGAAAACUUGACUCUAAUCUAAUAUGUGACAUUAUCAAGUCUCUAAUCAACAGUGGUGCCUCACUAAAAGUGAAACACAUCAUCGCUCAUCUUCGGGAGACAUUCAACUAUACAAUCUCUUACAAAAAGGCAUGGAUUUCAAAGAAUAAGGUUAUCGCUGCUAUUUAUGGAAACUAG